AUGUCUGAAAGAAGUUUUCGAUCGGUUGGUAGAGUUUUACCUUGAUUUUAUAGAAAGCGUAUAUUUUUUUCUCUGUAUUUCUUGUAGCUUAUCGAGUGAUAUUUUUUAAGAUGCCGCCAAAAAGGCUCGCAAAAGCGGUUGAAGAAGAUGUCUUCCCAACAGCAAUCGACGCUACUACGUCGCAGUUCAUUGGCCGUCCGGAAAUCCACAAGGUUUAAUUACAUUAUUUUUUAUUUAAGUUCAUUUUUCUUCAGGUGCUGCUUGAGUCAACGACGGAAGUUUACAAAGACACGAUCGGCGAGUUGUUGAAAAUCUCAGAUACUAUCAAUCAAGUCAGGAACGAGGCACAGGCCUAUUUUGAGAGUCUCAAGUUGGUCUCACUGUGUUAACUUCGAAGGAACUCUUCAUUUCAGAUAUGCUACUAAAUUCAAUAUUUCGGAUGAAGAGAAGUCGGUCCGGGAGCUCCUUCUGUCUCUGAGCAGAGGAGAAGACGAGGAGGAGGACGAGGAAGAAGACGAGGAAGAAGACGCGGAAGACGAGGAAAUGCCCAGAAGCUCCCGCACCAGAAGCCCCGGAGGUGCCGGAAAACGGAAACGAGCAGGAGAUGGCCGCAGAAGAACCUUCGACGCCAGUUCGUGAGGAAGUCCAGGUGAAGAAGGAACCCGUCACGCCGAUUGCUGCGGAUUCUACAAGGUUUCUUAAAAAUGAAAUGUAUUUUUGAACUCCGUUUCUUAGGAUUUCAAAUAGGAUGUCUCAGCUGCGCGUUGAAGAAACGGUUCCGAUUGCCAAGUCGUUGCCGAAAAGAACGGUUAGUUUUAAUUCAAACUUUAUUUUUUUAUUGAUUUUUUUGUGCAUUUUCUGUUUCUACUAUGGAACAAGAUUCUAUUAUCUAUCUUCCUUUUUAAUUCAUUCCAAGCUUCAAAUUUAUGCUCCUGAGUCUACUAACAAACUUUUUUUUCGCUGAAUUUGAGGAAAUGUUUUUUUGAAAGCUAAAUCAGUACUAUAAUCCUCUAAAAUCCUCAUUUUUUUUUUUUAAUUUUUCUUAUUUUUUGUUCUCAUUUUGUUUUUUUUUUUUUGUAAUUUUCUAAAUUUCGCUUUUUUCUCUUUUUUGUGCUAUUUUUUUAAAGCCUUCUAAAAUUCUGCUUUGAGUGAAUCAGUUUUAUUUUGGAAAAUUAUUUACCUCUUGAAUAUUUUGCUUAUUUCAAGAGAGUUUUUAGAAUGAGGCAAAAAAAAAAAUGGUACUGCUUUUAAGAAACAACGAAAAUUCUCCGUAUUAAUUUAGGUCACCUAAAAAUACUGAUUUUUAUUGACUAUCCGAGAAAAAAGUAAAAGUUUCAAACAGAAACCAGCUUUAUUUUAUCCAUUUUCUUCAAAUUUUUAUGAUUCCGGGUUCAAAGCCAUUCCGAAAUAUUCAAAAUAGCCGUCAGAGAGUGAAAAAGAUGAUUAAAUCUAAGAGAGUCAGAGAUAAUUUUGCGGAAAGUACUUUAACCAUGACUUGAGAUUUACAACAUUCCCCCUUCAAAGAAAAUAAAUCUCGAAGGAAGAAUUAUGACGCAGGCCACCGGAUCACCCCGCAAACAUGUGCGCCUGCCCGACGGUCCCCCGGAAUCCAUGAACUCGACCCCACGCCUCGGCCGGACUCCGUUGAGCCACAGAGCCGACUGCAGAGUCCCGCGGGCCCUCGAAAUGAUCCGCAAAACGCCGGAAGUUCGUCACCGGACGCCUUCCCCCGGAACGACCUCUCGACACAGGACUCCUUCCGCCACCCGAGCGAUUCCGCCCCGAGUCGCCAAUAUUCAGAAGGUUAGCACGGUUUCCAGUUUCAGAGAUUAGGUUUUGGACCUGAAAUUAGUGAUUUUUGUUCGAAAAGCUAGACCGUGUUUUGUGUCCUUUUUACAGUUACUGAGAUUGACUUUUGUCCCUGAAUGUAGUUUCUUUUGGAAAAGUCAAUUAGAAAACGUUUUAGUGUAAUUUUUAUCAGUUUGCAGAAGAUAUACGACAAUUUUCGUCCAAUUAUUGCUUUUUGUUCAAAAACUGCGUAUUUUAAAUGAUUUUCAGCUCUGAAAUCAGGGCUUAUAACUUACUUUUUUGUGUUAAAAGACCUAAAAUUAAUGCUCUUUGUUCGAAAAACUUUUUCAUUUUUUUAAACUACUUUUUUUGAGUUUAUAUCAGUUUCUGAAAUUGAUUUAGUCAAUUAAUUAUUUUUUUGAGUUACCUUUAUUAGAAAAAAAUCCUUAAAACCCUAUCAAGUCGAAAGAAAAUACUCACAUAUCAGUUUGCGAAAUUUUUGGUUUAUCUCACGAUUUUUUUCUGUUUUUUUCAGUUUGUUUUUCUCCUCUCUGAUUUUUCGUCAUUUUUUUCAAUACUUUAUAUAGUCUGUCCGCUUUAUCUUGAAAUUUUUCGAGUGUCUGCGUCUCUCUGUCCCCUCACCGGCGAGGUUAGAGAAAUAUGAAAAUAGCGCGUCAAAAUAAGAGGGGAGCAGAGAAAAACAACAUUUUUAAGUAGCCAAAAACGGACUAUUUGUACUUUUAUUUCUCACUAAUUUGAUUUUUCCAGAACCCUACCAACGCCGAAAUGCAACGAAUGAAGCAGACUCAUGCUCAGAAUCAACGGGAGCACCAACUUUGUGAGAAGGUGGAGAAGGCGCGAAAAGCUCGCGAAGACAAGGAACAAAAGGUCUUGAAAUAUUUUCCUUUCUCUUCAGAAAAUAAAAGGUUUCAAGGUCCGACAACGUCGAGAGGAGCAGGAGAAGAUCCAACGAGAAAAGCAAGAGAAGAUGCGUCUCCAGGAAGAACGAGUCCAGCAGAUGCAGCUGGCCAACUUGCAGAAAAGUCCGACGAGGUCCCGAUUGGCCUCGCCGUCCAGGAUGCUCCUCAGUGGAGUUUCUCCGUCCCGACAGCUACUAUCCAUGGGAGCCAAGACUCCUAUUCGAAAGGUCUUAACCCAGAAAGUCUAGGUUUUUGUGAGGAGAAAGUUAUACUCAAGACUCUCAUUAGAAAGGUUCUUUUUUUCUCAGGAAGUUUUUUUUAGAAAGGUCUCUACUCAGAAAAUCUCGAUGUUUGUAAUGUAAAAAAAACAUGGAUAAAGAAAAGAUUCAAAUUUCGCGAUAAGCAUUUUGGCUUCUGUAGUAAAUUUAUGGACUUGGUUUCUGUAAAUUUAAUCGAUGUAAAAGUAUCUUAAAAUGAUUCUAAAGGGAGUUUUUUUUUCCAUGGGAAUUGCCCCCAUAAUUGCAAUCAGAUAAGGCCUUUUUUCAGAGAAUUUAAAUUUUUUGUAAGGUUCAGCAGUGGAAAAAGGCAGAAAAACUACUUUUUAAAGAAAAAUUGAGCUUUUCUCGAAAAAUGAAGAACAAAUUUUUAAUGAGAAAGUUAUAUAGUUAGAUCCAAACCUUCAAGGAAGAUAAUUUGAAUGAAUUUCUGAAUUUUUCUGAAAAUUCCGUCACUCUCGGCCCAUGUAAAUUUCUGAUGUAAAACAGAAUCCAAAUUGAUUUUUUAGAUUUUUUUCAAAAAUAUUUCCACCUUUUUUAUGCGUUUAUUUUUGAAUUAGUUUUGUCACAAAUUUCAUUGCUUCAGUUUCAGAACUUUGUUCUGAACGAUGAAACAAGCGAAUCGGUGACUCCAGGCCGCGCUCCGGCCAAACAGACGCGGAUUCAGGCUCUCCGGGGCGUGGAAAUGCGAGCUGCGCCAACUCUUGCCUCGGUUCGGAUUCAUUCUAGGGAUGAUUAGAGAUUUUGGAAAUGUUCAGCCUUCUCGCUUUGAAGAACCCAAGAGAAAGAGCAGGAAGCCGAAGGACGUCCAGGUGAAAAGUGAGGAGGACCAGGAACGGAAAAAGAGAAAAGAGCAGAAGGCGAAAGAAGCAUCGAAGGCACAGGAAGCUGCUCGACUCGAGGAGCAGAGGUGGACUAUUUUUUACUUUUGAGACAAGAUUUCAGGAGUAGAACAGUUUUAACGAUCAUCAAAUAUUGCUUAAGUGCUCAAUACAUUUUUCAGCUAGCCCAAAAAAAAUGUAAAUAUAUACAUAAGUUAUUUUUUUAUGUUUAACUGUACUAGGAGGGUAGGAAUUACAAAAAUUUUGUAGAUUUAUUUGAUUUUUAUCUAAUCUAGUUUCAAUUGUAGCUGAAAGUUAUGUUCAAUUUUUGAAAUGGGGGCUUUGGAGGCGUUAAAAUGUUCCUCUUUAUUGAAAAAAAAAGGGUUGAGAUUUUUUUUGAUCUGUUCUUGAAGAGAAGGGGUAGCAUUUUUUUAAACUUCCAAUCUUUAAUUUCUGACCUUUUGUCAAGAUCUUUUUGCAGUACUAAGAGGAUGUAAAUUUUCGGGAAUUUUGAUGAUUUUAUUAACUAGGGAACGUUUUUUACCCCCCGGUUGAACUUUUGCUGAAACUUUGCCGAAGUGUACUUUAGGACCCCCUGAAAAUUUCAGAACAGGGAGUAGAAAUUUCUCAUAGAUCUCGUUUCUCGAGUUAGGACACUUUUCUAAAAGCCCGAAAUAGCGCUUUUUUUGGCAUAAUUUGCGUAUUUUUUUGCACACUUUUUGAAGCUCCAUAACUCGAAAAACAAGAUCAUUGCGAGAUGUUUUUCUUGAUCUGCCAUCAGAGUCCUAAAGACUCAGCAAAGUUUCAGCGUGUUUUAAAGUGCUAGGAGAAUAAGUUUUUCGAGAUUUUCGGAUGUUCUUUUUUUGAAUUUGAUCCAGUCGAGGUUCAAUCAGAACGCAUAUUGUUUUAUGAAUUUUUAAAUUUCGCUACUUUAGAAGCGUUUGAAUUUUUUUGAAUGUCCAAAAAAAUUGACUUUUUGCCCCAGUCGAUGACUUGAACAUUUAUUAGUUUUAUUCAAAUUAAAGAAGAUUUUUUUGUCAUUUUUUUGUUGAUUUUUCUCUUCCUUUCUUUUUCAGUUUUUCAGAUUUUCAUUAUAAAAAUUAUUAGAUCAAGCACUGAUUAACUUCUGAGUCGAAAGUUGAAUAACUUUGAAAAAUGAAAAAUCAUUUUAGUUUUUGUCAAAAAACUCCCAGUUUAUUCCGAAAAUUUGAAGUUUCGCGCGAAAAAGUCGCCUUCUCGAACCAAUUUUUCUCAUUUCGCGAAAUCAUUUUUUUUUCAAACGACUAACGCGUCAAUUUUAAAAAAGAUGUAGUUACUUUGGAGUUGAAAUCGCUCAAUUACACAAAAUCCUUGUUAUUGAUUAAAUAUUCAGGCUGAAACAGCAACAAGAGACUUAUCUGGAGCAGUGUCGACUCGCCGAGGAGGAGAAGAAACGCGUCGCGGAAGCGGACCGCAAGAAGAAGGAGCAGGAGGCUCAGGCCAGGGCCGAGAAGGAACGCGUCGCCCUGGCCGCCGCCCUCAAGAAGGAGCAGGACGCGGAGCAGCGACGGCUCGAACGGGAGGCCGAACAGCAGGCGAAAGCGGAGGCCGAAGCUCAGGCCAGACUCGAGAAACAGACCAAAAUCGAGAAGAUGCAGGUGAAGAUGGGGAAAGGAUAUAGUUAAGAAGCGCUCCGUACAAGAAUGAUUUUCGAACUUGACCUAGGUGAAUUACGGUAUGUGACAGUUGAGCUUGUCAGAAAAUACUACUUUUUCUAUUAAAACUUCUUUUUUUAUUUAAUCGUUCUUUUUUUGUUGAUUUAUUAGUCCCAUUUCUGACGUUUGAAGUGAUUCCGCGACAUUCAAAAAAAUAGCCGUCAGAGAGUGGAAAAGAUAACUAAAAUGUGGAGAGUCAGAGAUAAUUUUUGAAUUUUCGCGGAAACUUCUACUGAAAAACCACAGAAAUAUUGAGAAAUAUAUUUUUCAUUUUUCAUCUGCAAGUUUAGGGAUUUUAUUUGAAGAUUCGUAAGACAAAAAAACUGCAAAAAUGUGAUUUUCUAGACUACAUAAAUUUUUUGGACAAAAUUUUAUUAAAAUUCGAACUUCCGUUAAAAAAAAGUCUGUUAAACCGACUAAAUGAUACAAAAUCGGCAAAAAUCAGCAGAUAUUAUUUCCUUGAAAAUUAUCCAUAGGGCGCGUUUUCAAAUGGUUUCUGGAAGCCAAGAAAUUCCCAGCUGAUUUUUGAACCGACUUUUCUGAGCUAAUCUUUUUUUGCUGAAAUUUCGUCCUCACCGAAAAUUUUGCAAGUUCUAGGCCAAAAUGUAGCUUACAAUGAAAAAAAUAAACAAGAAAAGCUUCAAAACCAGAAACUUGAGGAAUCGGAACGACGGCCGGAUUCUUACGAGAUGACGCCUCCAAGGACCUACUCUGCCAAAAGUCAGGACGACUACGGCCUCGACGACCUCAACAGCGACGAUGAGACCGAUCAGGAGGUUCGUUUUGUCCGGAAAUUAGGCGUUUCGAUUCAUCAUUGUUUUUUGAGUUCCAUGGAAAAAAAUAUUUUAGUGACUAACGUUGUAUAUUCCACUAUACAACAAAUGUUAAUAUGUUUUUUCACUGCAAAAAUUUGAAAGAUGAUGAGAAUAACUACAAGAGAAAAAAAUGCAACAGGAUAACAAGUUACUGGAAUCAGAACCCUGAAGGGGUUCAGAUAAAGAAAUUAUAGCCAAAAGGAAGAAUUUUAUUUGCAAAAAGCGGUAAAUGAGAUAUCAUUAAUUAGAAAAAUUAUCCAUAGGGCGCGUUUUCAAAUGACUUCUGGAAGACAAAAAAACGGCCACCUGAAAGUUUCAGGUUAAGAUUUUUGAACCAAAUUUUCUGAGCUGAUCUCUUUUUUUUUGCUAAAAUUUCGUCCUCAUCGAACAUUUUGCAAGGUCUAGGCUAAACUGUGGAGACGUUAAAAUUCAUUCUAGAAGGUACUUUACUCCAUAAGGGAAUCGUUUUGAUUGGACAUCGUACUGCGCGCGUAAAGCCGCUUCGCACACGCGACGCGUCACCCUAGCCAAUCUGCCCAUCUAGCUUUUCAACUCGCGAAGGAUCGACUAUAUAUAGUCUGUUUUUCGCGACUUGAAAGAGACUUCUCUGCGCCCUCCUUGUCUCUCUCAUGUUGACGUUCUAUUUCCAUGUUUCUCUGACCUCGCCGGUGAGAGAACAGAGAGACGCAGACAGGCGAAAAAACGUCAAGACAAAGCGGACGGACUAUACCCCGGAACUGAAUCAUGUCUGAAAAAAAACUCUGGCCGAAACGCCAUUCAUCAGCAAACAUUCUGAGGAUAUUUCGUUGCAGGACGACCCUCGGAAGGAUGUCCCGGCCUGGGCGAAUUUUGACCUCGUCCGACGCGACGCCCGCAGACAGUUCUACAACCCGCCGUUCGACGUCGACAAGUACUUUGGCACGAUUCCCACGGUACAUUUUUUGGUUUUUGUAGAAGAUUAAUGUUCAAUUAGUAGUGUAAAACGUUGAAAGUUAAAAAAUUACAUCGUUCAGUCUUGAAUUUUUCUUCUUUUUUUAUGAAUUUGAGGUUGAUUUUUUUAUCGUUUUUUUAGAGCCAAGGCUUGUUUUGUAAAAAAAAAUUUUUGACCUCAUGGACUUCCUAUCGCUAAAUAAUGAGUUUCAAAAUUUUGAGAAAAUCAUAAAUCAUCUCGUAAAAGUCUUUUCCAUAGUAUAGUGAAAUCUAGGCUACAAACGGAAGAAUGCUAGUGAUUCUACAGAGAAAAGUAAUUUUUCUGUAAGUGCUCAAAAACUUUUCGAAGAUUUGGGUCAAGAUUUCUGAAAGUUACUUACAGGUCAAAAAUUUGAUUUUGGUAUAGAUUGACGAAAAUUCAAGAAAAUUGGUCCCAGUGCUAGAUUUUUGUAUUUUUGAGAAGUCCUAUCUUUAAAGAAUAAUAGAGUUUGAACCUAGAUUAGGAGUUUUUAGAUGGUUUUUUUGAAGAAUACGUGGCCAAAUUUAUAGGUUAAAUGAAAAGAUCUCUCUUUCAAGGCUUUAAAACAUUCGAUAAGCUUUUUUGUACGAAAUGAAUGCCUUUUUUCGACUCUUUUCUUCACAAUCGACUUUUUCAGCCGAAUCUGAAAACAAAUAUUCGGCGACGAACUGUCGCGAGUCAAAAAACGCGGCUCUUCCGCCGUUUGGAACUCGCCCCUCGGCAAACCGACCGCAGCCAAACCUCGGAACUCGAAAAUGUACAUUGCCAAAUAAUCACGAAAUCCAAAUUCCGUCCCACUAAUAAGUUCUUGGAAUAUCUAGUUUGUUGAUGAUCUUUUAAUACCUCAAGAAGUGCUCUUUUUCCUGGAGAAAUGUCGCUGUUGAACUUGGUUUUUCACUUGUUGUGUCUGCAGAAGAAACGCCGUCUCUCGCAUUGAUCUUUCACUUUUCCCUCUCCUCUCAAUGUGUGCUCUCUCGCCGUCUCUUUCUCUCUCCCAUCUCUUCACCUUUUUCCCAUCCUUUUCUGUUUUCAAAACAAUUUUCAUUUCUUUUCGGCGUGUAAAUCUUUUUGCCUUUAUUUUCCUUGUUUAUUUGAAUAAAUGCGUAUGUGAUCAGUUUUCAGUUCCGAUAAGGCGUUAUCAAUCCCGCAAUGAUCAAUUUUGGGUACUUGAAAGUCUGAAACGACCUUUUUUGAGAGGGAAAGUUGUUAUUUUCGAUUUUAUUGCGUUUUUAUCGAUUAUUUGGGCCUGAGUAAUUCUAAAAAAAGCCAUUUUGCGCUGUCAAAGUUAACUUUGCUGUUUCCAAAUUGGAAUUAUAGCCUUUUUUUAAUUAUAAAUUUUUCAAUUAUAAGAUUCAACUUAGUGAAAAAAACUUUCCUUUGAACUUUAUCGAAUUUUUCUUCUUUAGUUUCCUGUUUCAUUCUAAAAUUAAAAAAAAUAGAAACUUAUUUCGAAGAUCAGCUUUUAUUUUUUUGUCUAUAAAGUUCUGUCUGUUUUUCAGGCGCUUUUUGUUCAAAAUUGUCCGAAAGCCGAUUCUGGUUUUUUAUAAGCCGUGUAAAAUACCGAAAAGCGCUCUUCGCUUCGAGACCUUCACUAAAAUUUCCAAUGUUCCUUUGAAAAUCCCAGGAAAUAUUUUUGGACUGACUGUUCGUGUCGAGAUGACUUCGACUGCGCUUUUAAUUGAUUUUUUUUUUUUUUCAGAUAAGUUUUAAAAAUGGGCGGAGAGAGCAGUAAGCACCAAGACGAGAAAAAAAAGUGCACCACGGAGCUCUUGGAGUACCGAAAAAGUCGGUUGACCCGAGAAUCGAAGCCGCUUUUUCGAGACUUUCUAAUGGAGGAGAUGAGAUCAACUACAAAUAUUUGAUGGUUUUUUCAAGUUUAAAGUUCGGGUAGAGUUGGUAAACUGAAGAAAACCUGUAUUUUAAAUCUCUUCAUCAAAAAUUGAGAUCGAAAUUCGGCGUAUCAAAAACUCUUUUAACACUGGAAAUUGAAAACUUCAAGAAUUUUCGGGUUUCCCAACAAGUUGUACAAGAGCAAUUUCUAGACUAAAUUAAACGAAUUAAGUUGGAAUAUCAAAAUGGCGCAUAGAAACAGUAAACUGACGAUAGGUUUCAGCUCCUUCUCAAGACCCUGAGAAGGAGCUGAAAAUGGUCCUCUAAAAGCUCCCAAAAUGUAAAACUUUUUACUUUACAGCAUAUUUUUGUUAAAAGAUGUGUAAAAGCGCCGAAAAAGAAUCUUCUGGUGAACCUUGAAUGGUCUUUUUUAAAGAGAAGCUUUUCCGUUUUGCCCUGGAUUUUUCGAAGAAAAAAGAGAAUUUCUGUCAAUCUAUUUUCUGAAUGAGGAAACCCAUGAAGGCUAAGAGAUCUAGAGUCUGUUCAGAUUUUUAAUGUCAAGUGAAAUGACGUCAUUCAAAAACACUGAGGAUGGCUCGCUCUCUGAUUGGUUUGUCGCACCAUUAGGGGCGGAGCUUGAGCGACGACUUGACAUUCAAAAUCUGAACAGACUAUAAUAGAUAAAUUGGAAUUUUCAUGUUUGAUUUGGCUCGAAAGUGCGCUCUAACGAACUAUUUUUCUGAUUUGAUGGUUUUUUUUUUGCGCCGGUAACUGAAACCGGACGCGCUCCAUUCCUUUCUAAGCGCUUCUAGGGAUCACUUAAGGGUUCUGAGGCUACUAAAGUGGUCACUUUUUGAUUUCAAUAAUCUUGAGAUUGCUCCCUGGAGCGUAUUUUUUAGAUUUUUUUUUAAAUUUUACGUAAAAUUCACUUCCCUAAUAAAAACAAUAUCCUGUUUCUGAACAGCAGCCUCUUAGGUACAGCAAAGUUUUUAGUAUCAUCGGCUGUAAUUUAAAGAUUUCCGGAAAUAAAAAAGUCCUUCAGGAAACACUCAACGAAGAUGUGGCGAAAGGUCUCUGGAAGUAUUUUGUCCCCUCGAAACCCUUCUCCGAAACGAUAACCAAAGAAGAAUUCGCGGCCAAGGCGGAACCCCUGGCAGGCAAUUCGACAGAUGUUUAUGUUGGAAGUUUGGAAAAUUGAGUUUCCUUGGAAAAUUUGAAGAAUUCAGUGUUUUUACCGGCGAAACAUUUACUGAAAGUUUGCUCAGAAGCGGCCGGAGCCGAGGCGAUUCACGGCGACGAGGAAUUCAUCACCAGGCUCACCAAAGAAAUGGUUAAAGCUUUUCUUUUCAAGAGAAAAAUGGACUUUUACGGAAAUUAGGAACAAAAUCGACCCUGUUUUAUUUGAAAAGUACAGGAUUAGCUUGAAAUUUGGUAAGAACUUUUCCAAAAAGGUCACUAAAAUGAAUAAAAUGUUAUUCUUGAAAUAAGUGCUUUCGUGCAAAUUAAGACUUUCAGAAUCGUCUUUCAGUACGAAAAUCGGAUUUUUGACUUAUUUUUGAGGGAACUCCUUACCUUGUGAGACGAAAUUUUUUUUUUUGGCAAAGUCCAGUUAUCCCAGGGCUUUAUAUUCUUCACAGAAGGAAAAAUAUUUACAAGAAAUUCGUGAAAAGACUUGAAGAGAAUAUUCUGAGCUGAAAACUUGAUUUUAAUUAAUUCAUUUUCGUUGUGACAAAGUAUAAAAAAAAAUACUAAUUUAGGAUUUUCGAGACCUUGGACCCUAGUUAAGUAUUCUCAUUCAUAAACUCGAAAAAUUUGUUGAAAAUUUCUUUGAAAAACUUUAAAAAAAUAUGUCAUAAAAAGUUUUUUUCAGACCUCCCUUGGUGAUACAGCGACGAGUGUGGCGGAGUGGAAAAGAGCUUCUUGUCCGAAAUUCUGCAACGCCCUGCAGGCCGCCGUCCUCGAGAAGCUGUUCAACUACGAUAAUGUUAGUUUCUUUCAAAAACACAAUCGGAAAAAAAUAAAAAAGCUUUUUUCGAAUAGUCCACAAUUUUUCCCGGUUCAUGUAGGUUUCAAACUCGAGAUAUUAUCCCUCUGUGAAUUCCGCUGCGCUUUUUGAAAAGUUGUUGAGGGUAACCGAUUAAAACAGGCUCCUAAAAAUUGAUUCCUAGAGAAGGUUCCGGCAUUCUGGAAAACUCGGUCGCUUUCUAAAGUUUAAAAAAAAUAUUUCUCUGACCUCGCCGAUGAAGGAACAGAGAGACGAAGACACUCAAGAAGUGGAACUUAGGAAACCCAGAGUGAUCCCUAUAGGGGUUGGGGGAAAUAACUCCUAUAGGAGGCGAUAAAGUGGUCCCUAUAGGGCUUUAGGGUCUGACCCCUUAGCCCCUCAAGUGAACCCCAUAGGGGUCUCUCAAUUUGAUUCAAAAACGCGUAUUUAUUCAGUUUUUCUCAUGGAAAUGUUCAUAAGAAUCAUCGACUAGGAUGUCCCCUAUAGGGGCCACUUUUGCAAGCUUUAAUGGCCCCUAUAGGGGUUGGUGAAGUGAUUCCUAGAGAGGGCGCAGACAGCCCCUAUUUCCAAAAUACAGUCUUAAAUUUUUUUUUUCUUUUUUAAACUUUUCGUGUCGUUUCGGAACGUCACAAAACGCUUAAUUAUUGUUCAUUUUUUUUUUUCUCGAUUUCCUAUCCAAUUUUACCAAGUUUCACCUGAAAUUCAGCCUUCCAUCGACUACGCUUCCGAUAUUCUGACUCCUCUCCAAAUGUGGUUCCUUCAGUGUUCUCUUCCGGCCGUAUACUUUCCGAAACGAGAUCAAGUCAGUACAAAUCCCACUAAAUAUUCACGAAAAUCGUCUUUUUCUUCAGAAUUCGGACGACGCGUGGACCCCGCUGUACACAAGCCUACAACAUGGAAUAAGUACGAACCGAUUUGAGGCAUUAGUUUUCGACUAUAAGUCCAUUCUGAUGGGAUUUUUCCCGAGAUUUGUGAUCGUUUUUUGCAGAGGUCCGACGGUUUCGUUGUUUCGGCUGAAGGAUGGCCGGACGGUCGCCCUGGCCACUGAUCAGGAGUGGAGGUAAAGAGAUUGAUCUUUGGGCUCUUAACAAACUUUUAAAAAUUCAGAAUUGACUUUAAAUAGAUUUUAAAUGUUUAUUGAAAUGAAUGAGGGAAAGAACUAGAUUAUGGAACAAAAAAAUUUGAAACCUAGUUUUUUUUGUAGCUUUUAUGAAUCAAACCUGUCUGCACUCUCUUCUCUCUCUCACCAUAGGGAAAGAAAAAUAUCAACAGAACAAAAAAGAAUUCGCAGAUAAAAGAGAGCGUAGAGAAAUGAGACGGUUUCAAAUUCAUAUGUGAGAUCGGUGGGACCGCUUUAGAAGAAAAUUUGAAGUUUCGAAAAAUUUUUGAAAGUAGUUGAAAUUUUGGAAGAUACUGGUGCAUAAACUUAUUUUGGUUGUGAAAAUCUUGUUUCAGUUGGAUUUGCUCGUUUUUGCUUGCUUAGAACAUUUUGACUUGUCUGCCGUCUCUUUUCUAUCGCCAUAGAAACAUGAAAGUGAAAAAAAAAGAAACUAUAGAGAGAAGAGGGCGCAAAGAAAUCAGAAAGAGAUUUUUACGUAAUAUAAGCCGUUAUAUGGCAGCUUUACUAGGUUAGGCGAAAAUUGAAAUAUUCGCCAAGUUUUUUUUUUUGAAAAUAGACUUUGAAUUCCGGAAAAAUAGGGGUGAAUAGACUGAUUUUCUUUUUCCAAGUUGUUGCAUUUUUUCUUACAACAGUCUGACCUGUCUGCACCCUCUUUUCUAUCACCAUAGGAACAUGGGAAUAGAAGAAGAACAAGAGAAAGGGUAUAGAGAAAAGAGGGCGUAGAGAAAUCAGACAUUUUGUGAAUUUGUAAACGAUUUAGACUGUAAUUUGACAGCUUUAGCUUUUUUUAGACGAAAAUGCAAAAAUUUGCCGAUUUUUCAAAAUAGUUUUCCUGUUGAGGUUUUUCAAAUUUUUUUUUUCCGAGAAACGUUCAAAAUUUAUUAAAUCGGAAUAAAAUAAGGAAAGUGAAAUUGCAGACACAGUAGCAACCGAUUCGGGGGCCCGGCCACCUGCUUUUUCGAGCUUUUCCCGAAACUUUCGAGAACCGAAGCUUCUUCUUCGAUUUACUGCAAUCUGAAGAUUCGGUCGGCGUCUUUUGGAGUAUCGUUCAAGGAAAUUAUGAAGAUUGACAAGGAUUUCGACGCCAUCUUUGAUAUUGAGGUGAGGAAAGGGGAAUUUUUCAGAUUUAGAAGUUUUAAUGGCCAGUUUCCUUACUUUUAAUAAAGUCAGAAUAUUUUUUUCUGAAUAACUGAAUAAAAAUGAGCUCGAAUUUCUUGGAAACUGGCCAACUUAGGAGCUCCAGAGUGGUCCUUAUAGGGCCUUCGAAGGUCCCUUUAGGGACCACUUUACUUUAUUCCUAUAGGGGCCACUAAACCUUGCAAAAGGACCUCCUAUAGGGGUCGGGCUAGUCAAAAUUUUUAUGAACACUAGAAAAAGAAACAAAGAAUUUUCUCGACCAUUUUUGAAAAAUUCUGAAGUUUCGAGAGAUCCUUGUAAGAAAAAAAAAAGAAAUAAAACCAGCAUUUUGGAAUUUACAAUUUCAAAAAUUUUCCAGGUAUGGGGCUGCGCCAGCGCCAACACCCUGAAUGAGCAGAAAAAGCUCAAAACUUGGCAGAAACAACAGGCCGAAAAACAUAAGAAAGUUUGCUCCAUCGCACUUUUCCUCCAAAAAAUCAAGGCUUCCAGGUUCCGCUACCCGGAAAAUGGGACGAGAAUCCCGACAAAACGCUUCUGGAAAUGGCCGGAUUCCAGUUUUCCAACGAACGACAGCUCAUGGAGUUGGAAUCGAAACAUUAA